AUGGCGAUGAUGCCUUUAGCCCAGCAUCGUCCCGGGCGGCGGGCGGAGCUGGGGUCCGGGCUACAAGAUGGAGGAGGAGGGGCGGCGCUGCGGCCACCGGGCAGACUCACCAGAAGAAUGGAUUUUACAGAGGCUUACUCCAACACAUGCUCUGCAGUUGGACUUGCUGCAAGGGAAGGAAAUGUCAAAGUUUUAAGGAAACUGCUCAAAAAGGGAUGUAGUGUUGAUGUUGCUGAUAACAGGGGAUGGAUGCCAAUUCACGAAGCAGCUUACCACAACUCUGUAGAGUGUUUGCGGUUGUUAAUCCAUUCAGAUUCGUCUGAAAACUACAUUAAGACAAAGACUUUUGAAGGCCUCUGUGCGUUACAUCUUGCAGCAAGUCAAGGACACUGGAAGAUCAUACAGAUUCUUUUAGAAGCUGGGGCAGAUCCUAAUGCAACUACUUCAGAGAAAACCACACCGCUGUUUUUAGCUGUUGAAAAUGGACAGAUAAAUGGAGUAAAGCUGUUGCUUCGACACGGAGCAAAUGUUAAUGGAUCCCAUUCUAUGUGUGGAUGGAGCGCCUUGCACCAGGCCUCUUUUCAGGAAAAUUCUGAGAUCAUAAAAUUGCUUCUUAAAAAAGGAGCAAACAAGGAAUGGCAGGAUGACUUUGGAAUCACACCUCUAUUUGUGGCUGCUCAAUAUGGCAAGCUGGAAAGCCUGACCUUACUUAUUUCAUCAGGUGCAAAUGUCAAUUGUCAAGCCUUGGACAAAGCUACUCCCUUGUUCAUUGCUGCUCAGGAGGGCCACACCCAGUGUGUGGAGCUUUUGCUGUCUAGCAGGGCAGAUCCUGAUCUUUACUGUAAUGAGGACAACUGGCAGUUACCUAUUCAUGCAGCUGCACAAAUGGGCCAUACAAAAAUCUUGGAAUUGCUAAUACCAUUUACAAACCGGACCUGUGACACUAAGCAAGGCAAAGUGAGCCCUGUUUACUCAGCAGUGUUUGGAAGGCGUGAAGAUUGCCUAGAAAUACUCCUCCAGAAUGGCUAUAGCCCAGAUGCCCAGAUGUGUCUAAUCUUUGGCUUCAAUUCUCCCAUGUGUAUGGCUUUCCAAAAAGAAUAUGAAUUCCUUGGGAUUGUGAAUAUUCUUUUGAAAUAUGGAGCCCAGUUAAAUGAACUUCAUUUGGCCUACUGCUUGAAGUAUGAGAAGUACUCAGUAUUUCGCUACUUUUUGAAGAAAGGUUGCCCAUUGACAUCAUGGAGCUAUACAUCUGAAUUUAUAAACUAUGCAAUUAAAGCACAAACAAAAUAUAAGGAAUGGUUGCCCCAUCUCUUGCUUGCUGGAUUUGAUCCUUUGAAUCUACUAUGCCCUGCUUGGGUUAACUCAGUCAGCGAUGAUAUCCUUAUUUUCAUGUUGGAGUUUACUAAUUGGAAAAGACUUCCGCCAACUGUUGAAAAGAUGCUCUCAGUUCGUGCCUCACAUUUCUCUAGGGUUCGACAGCAACAUAUUGGAAGUAAGGUGGUUCGGAAGCGCCGUUUACCAGUAGAGUAA